GUGAAUUCCCUCCCUCCCUUCCUUAAACGAAAAUACUAACUCUGAAGCCGAAAUCCAUGCCCCCUGCAAUUCGGAAGAAUCGGGUCUAAUAUGCCAGUGUCAUCUUCGCCUUGCAGUAGUCGCGAUGAAGGAAAAAUCCAAGAACGCAGCAAAGACUAGACGGGAAAAAGAAAAUGGAGAAUUCUACGAACUGGCCAAACUCCUGCCCCUGCCCUCGGCCAUCACCUCCCAGCUGGACAAGGCGUCCAUCAUCCGCCUCACCACCAGUUACCUGAAAAUGCGAGCCGUCUUCCCCGAAGGUCUGGGCGACGCCUGGGGACAGCCGAGCAGGAUAGGGCCCUUCGAUAACGUGGCCAAGGAGCUCGGAUCCCAUUUGCUUCAGACUUUGGAUGGCUUUGUUUUCGUGGUAGCAUCAGAUGGCAAAAUAAUGUACAUCUCAGAAACAGCGUCUGUACAUCUUGGCUUAUCUCAGGUGGAACUUACUGGUAAUAGCAUUUAUGAGUACAUACAUCCUUCCGAUCAUGAUGAGAUGACAGCUGUUCUUACUGCUCACCAGCCUCUUCAUCCUCACCUCUUACAAGAAUAUGAAAUUGAGAGAUCAUUUUUCCUGAGAAUGAAGUGUGUCCUAGCCAAAAGGAAUGCAGGAUUGACAUGCAGUGGCUACAAGGUGAUCCAUUGCAGUGGCUAUUUGAAGAUACGGCAGUAUAUGCUAGAUAUGUCUUUGUAUGAUUCCUGUUACCAAAUCGUUGGACUGGUGGCUGUAGGUCAAUCUUUACCUCCCAGUGCAAUCACUGAGAUCAAACUUCACAGUAACAUGUUUAUGUUCAGAGCAAGUUUGGACUUAAAAUUAAUAUUCCUAGAUUCCAGGGUGACUGAGUUAACUGGAUAUGAGCCCCAAGAUCUGAUAGAAAAAACCCUCUACCACCAUGUUCAUGGCUGUGAUGUGUUCCAUUUACGAUAUGCUCAUCAUCUGUUGUUGGUGAAAGGCCAAGUCACAACCAAGUACUAUCGACUACUGUCCAAGCAUGGAGGCUGGGUUUGGGUACAGAGCUACGCCACUAUUGUGCAUAACAGCCGUUCAUCACGGCCUCACUGCAUAGUGAGUGUCAAUUAUGUCCUUACAGAUAUUGAGUAUAAGGAACUUCAGUUGUCACUGGACCAGGUUACCAUUUCUAAGUCACAGUUUUCAUGCAGAAACUCAGUAUCUACCUCGCAGGAAACAAGGAAAAUAGUAAAACCCAAAAGUAAUAAAAUGAAGGCAAAACUCAGAACAACGCCUUACCCACAACAGCAAUACAGCUCAUUCCAAGCAGACAAACUGGAAUGCAGCCAGGUGGGAAACUGGCGAUCCAGCCCUGCAGUGAACGCUGCCACCAUUCAAGAACAAAACUUCCAUUCAGAAAACAGUGAACUUUUAUAUGCCCCGUCAUAUAGCUUGCCUUUCUCUUACCAUUAUGGACACUUCCCUGUAGAUUCUCAUGUCUUCAGUAGCAAAAAGCAAAUGCUGCCUUCAAAGUUUGGGCAGUCUCAAGGAGCACCUUGUGAAGUGGCUCGAUUUUUCUUGAGUACGCUGCAGACAAAUGGAGAAUGCCAGUGGCAUUAUGCCAACUCCUUGGUACCCAACAGCCAGUCACCAUCCAAAAAUCUUCCUGAUCAGCCGGUGAACAUCAUCCGACAUAAUCUUGCACAGAGUUAUGAAGAUGGUCAGCUCAAAUACUUUGAAGGAAGCACUGAAGACAUUGACUUCUCUGAGGUGGCAGCCUAUAAGAAAUAACCUUGCAAAGCUAUAAAGUAACUAAAUAAACAAGCUCAAGAUACACUCUAAUCCUUAGAUCUCAUACAUAUUACGUCUAUCUGCACACGCCAUUUUAAUUAGUUAAAAAUCACUGAUGAGAUCUGACUGGUUGACAUAUUGUUAUGAAAUUAGGUGGAAACACUCGUUGCUUCUAGCUUCAUUAGGGAUGGGACGGAGGAAGCAAUAGUGGAAAUUUUUAAAAAAGCUAGACAAGACAGGCUAAAGAAUCUUGAGUAUCAGAAACAAGCAUUAAUUCACUUAGCGACAUUAAUUCACUUAGCGACAUGACAUUAUAUAUCCUAGAUCUGAAGGGAAUAUCUGCAGAUGUUAAAAGCUGAGCUUGCUACAUCAGACAGAAGACAGUAUCAGACAUUGAGGAUGUCUCCCACAGAGGAGCAAAUAACUUCUGACCAGGGUUUUGUCCUUCACAGGACCGUUUGGCCUCACCUAGCUGAUUGACCUCACCCAGCUGACUGUAGCACUUUAUUUUACUGUUCUGUGUUUAGGUUGAAAAUGAGCAAGACUGAAGCUCUUCUUACAGCCUGGUGCAGGUUAAAUGCUUUUGCUGAGCUGAUGCUCCUCUAAUGUACUCAUUUUCUUUUGGUGCUGUGGUGGACUGGGUGUGAAAAAGAGUAGCUUUAGACCAAAAAUAAGAAAUGGUUUUGUCCUAUCUAAAGACGCCGUGUCUUUGUGGGGGGAAAAAAAAGAAAAAGAAAAAGAAAAAGAAAAAGAAAAAGAAAAAGAAAAAGAAAAAGAAAAAGAAAAGGAAAAGCUACAUCUUUUGAGGCUAAGUAUAAGGAUUGAAGUAAAUUACCCCCAGUAAGUCUGCAGGAAGAGAGCUAUUUUAGGUGUACAGAAGUCCGCCCAGUUUUUUUUCUCUUCUUCCAGACUAACAGAUGCCAUGAGACUGACAGAGAAAGUAGAUCCACCCCUUGCUGGUCAAAGGGUGCAUCAGGUACACGCAGAAUGGAUGUGGAAAGAACAGCCUGUUCAGAGAACAGCCUGUGAAAUUGAUCGUGGCCAUAAAAUUUGACAGAAAAGCCCAGUGAGCAUAGCAGCAGGCAAGCAAUUUACCAUCAGUUGGUUGAUAUGGGCAGAUAACUUCUAGCAAAUACAUUAAGUCAGAAGGAUUCCACAGGAAUACUGUUAAAUAUGUUAGGGGAAAAAAAAUCCCAAUAAAAAACUGCAAGCAACUGCUGGUAUUUUUCAAUUUCAUCAUGCAUACCUACCUUCACCGUUUCCUCAUGAACAGGAAAAUGGAGCUGUGAUACCAGCAGUUCCUACUUCUGGUUCUACUUCUACUUAAGGUUUUGUUGCUUAAGUUGGAAUAUGUUGUUCUCUUUUGAGCACAGAUGUAUUUCAAUGGAUGUUUAGCUAUUAGGCAUUUGAUGAAAACUGUCUUGGUACGAUUAAAUCUCCGCAAAAGCACUUACAAUUGUACUAUUUAGGAAGGAAAAAAAAUAAGGUCAAAUUCAGGCCUAGUCAGAGAUCAUUGCUUGAGUUUACACACAGUGUUAAAAGAGGGGAAAGAAAAAUGGAGCCUCCACUGCAAAGAGGAUUUGUAUCUGAUUGUUCCAGAGUGUGUUUCCUCCUGAGGUAGAAUUAGCCCUGUUGUACUUUUGCUGAGGCUGGUUGCAGGAGAGAAAUCUGAACCUUUGGAAGGGACUUUUUGCUUUGAAUUGAAAGGGGCAUCUGAUCUUCCUUACAUUGUAAACUGCUGCUUUUUCCAACGGUUCACUGAAAAACUGACAGCCAGUAAGCUUCAAAGCAGAGAGGAUCUGCUUAGUGUCAUUAUCUUCAAUCCAAAGACAAUGCCAAAUAUGACAUCUGGCAACCGUGUUGGAUGCUAGGGCUAUUCCACAUCACAUCCAUAGAGGCAUCUGCCAAAAAUGCCGUAGGCCAGAGACAUUUUUCUCUAUGGAAAAUAGUUUCUUUUGGAGACAUCAGAGAUUUUAAGAUGAUCAUGCCAAGCCAUCAAAGCUCUGGAAAAGCACGUAGCAGAUAAAACUGCCUGCAAAUCAGAUGCUGCUGCCUCAGAAUCUGGUUUUGAAGCUUCU